AUGCGACAAGAAUACCGGCCGACAAAACCCGUAGUAAAUUUCUUCCCGGAAGACUUUCAGACAGGUCUCGAGCUGAACUUUCACUCCACAUGUCCCUCUGCCCAGCCGACAGCCACCAGUCCCACGGCCGACAUCUCUGUCAAACCCGAAUCAUCCGCAGGCACACCCACCGACUCUUCCUCGGCCCCGACCACGGGCCCCAGUACGGACAGACUCGGCAAUGCAGACGCGUGCCGAUCUUUCGGUUCGCGCGGCUACGAGUCCGAAGUCAAGACCGGCGUCCUCGCGUCCAUGUUGAAGGCGGCAGGCGUCAUGGAAGCCUACAGCAGGCACAUGCCCUCCUUCACAAAAGACCUCAGCGAGACUGACGUCGGCAAAUUGCUGCAAUUCACUUCCAUCGCCUGCGCCCGCGAUCGUUACCGCUAUGACUGCUCCGAUCGUGGCAAUUUGCAAAGCAUCUACCGGUUCUGCAUCAACCGCGGUGCCCACGAUUACGAAGACGCGUUUGCCAAGCGAGUUGCUCGGGAAACGGAGAGGCCAGGAAACGGGUACGAGCCCGAGGACACAGGUUACGAUGGCUGGAAUCCCCAUGCAGCGGUCAGCGUCUUGACCGACCUGCUCGUCAAGAAUACGAAUGCCAAGAAAGCGGAGUACUCGGACGGCCUCGCCGGAAAGCACUUUACCGAUCAUCAGCCAAUCGAUCCAGAGCCAUCAUGCACGAUGACGGGUGCGUCGACGGCGAGGUCGCGAGAGCGAAAACCUCCUACCACUGUAUCUGCAGAAAGUACGGGGAGGGCUCCGACAUUGACCGGGGCCUUGACUUCUCUCGCCAUCGCAGGGGCAGUAGUCGGCACGGCGAUCUGGUGGAUGACCGAUGCCGAUUGA